GAAGUUUGUUUAAAAACUUGAUCGCGCGCAUGGUUGUUUGGAGAGAAAGUACAGUGCACAAAUGAACAAAUCAGCAUGAGUUCUACAGACAUUUCUAGUGUUACAGACCAGUUGGCCAAGACAAAAGUUGACGUACAACAUGAGCUUAGUUUUAAAGGAAAAGGGUUAAAAUUAAAUGGCGCAGAUGAUGCAAAAGACAUUGUCGCAGAGAUAGAAAAAUGUAAAGUAAUGACAGCACUGCGGAUGGAAGGAAAUACACUAGGAGUUGAUGCAGCAGAGGCCAUUGCAAAGGCACUGGAGAAACAUCCAGAAUUUGAGAGGGCACACUGGAGUGACAUGUUUACUGGAAGACUUAAAAGUGAAAUACCUAAAGCUUUGGAAUUUUUAGGAGCAGCUAUCAUAAAGGCUGGUGCAGGAUUAGUAGAGUUGGAUCUGAGUGAUAAUGCAUUUGGUCCUAAUGGUGUGGUAGGACUUGUAUCUCUGCUGAAGAGUCCAAGCUGUUAUACACUACAGGAGCUCCGUCUAAACAACAAUGGACUGGGUAUCACAGGCGGAAAGAUGUUGGCUGAAUGCCUUACAGAGUGCCAUCAAAACAGUGAUAAGGCUGGUAAACCUCUCAAACUUAAGGUCUUUGUAUCUGGUCGAAACAGAUUAGAAAAUCCAGGAGCAACAGCACUGGCUGCAGUUUUUAAAGCAUUAGGUUCUUUAGAAGAGGUGGCAAUGCCACAGAAUGGUAUUUAUGCAGAGGGAAUAACAGCCCUGGCGGACGCCUUUGCAGAAAACAAAAACCUGAGAGUCAUGAAUCUUAGUGACAAUACAUUCACACAGAAAGGAGCCAAAAACAUGGCCAAAGUUUUACCAAAGCUACAGAAUUUAGAAGUGAUAAACUUUGGUGACUGUUUAGUGAGGACAGAAGGUGCAAUAGCAUUGUCAAAUGCUCUGAAAGAAGGACACCAGAAGCUUAAGGAACUGAAUUUAUCAGGAAAUGAAAUCAACAAACGGGGAGCCAGUAUUGUGGCUGAAAACAUGGAAAACAAAGCUAACUUAACUAGACUAGACCUCAACUGUAAUAUGCUUGGUGAAGAUGGCAUUGAGGAAGUGAAAGGAACUAUGGAGGCCAUGGGUAAACUGGAUAUCCUUGCAUCACUCAGUGAUGAUGAAGGAUCUGAGGAAGAGGAUGGAGGAGGGGACCAGUCAGAUGAUGAGGAAGUAGGACAUGAUGAUGUGGAGGGGGAGGAGGUUAAUGACCCAGCACUACAAAUCAAGGGCAAGGCCAUCACCCCCAACAAACAGACAACAGCAAAAGAUUUUUUGGCAUUUCCAUCCCCCAGCAAACUAUUACAGCUUGGAAGUGGUAGAGGUCAGGCCAUAAGAGAGGAACUAGGGGCUGAUGUUAAUGAUCUGGAAAAGGCAGUUCAGACAUUUAUGAAGAUUUCUAGUGUGGUGACAACAGAGGAUACGAAAACAAAAGAUGCAGCUUGUGAUUGUGCAGACCAAAUAAUUGAAGAAACCGUGAAAUGUAAUGGAGAAAAUGAUGCUGUUAUUCUUGCCAACACAUUACUGGUGUAUCUUGGGAUUUUAAAGGGUGAAGAUAAAUCUUACAAACCACCUAAUGACAUAACAGGACCACUCUUAGUAUUGGAACAUAUUGUACGACAACCCUACUUUCCAAAAUACUCUAGAGAGAUGUUACAAGCCUUUUUUAGCAAACCACAUCCACUUCUUGAUUCAGCAUCCCAAGCCAGACAUAAACUUUUACAGACUCUGUAUGCAUUCUAAGGCUAUUAAUAGGGACACUAAAUAUUGAAAUAUCAUGUGAAAUAAACUGUAAGCAACUCCAGUGAAUUCUUACGUAAUAGAAAUGCAUACAUGUGUUGUCUGAUAUUGAAUUGAUUUCUACAGGAGGCAUUAGUCACCUGCAACAUAUCAUAGAUUAAAGUUUUAAAUUAUUAACUUUUGAUAUUAAAUUAAAAUAGAUAUCAUUUAAUAGUGAUUAAUGGAAUUUUAAGUACAAAAGGAAAAAAGACCUACUGAGAUUGAACCCCUGAUUUUCAAUUAAAUUUAAAAAGAAUGGGUUAAUAUCAAUCAAACUGAGGAUCAUGUUUUUGUUUAAAAAAAGAAUGUGAUGGUAUAUUAUUCCUCCUUCAAUAUAUGAAGUUCAUAUUGGAGAUUCAAAGUGUUGACACAAUAAAAUUAAACAUCAGGGAA